AAAAAACAAGAAAACAACAACCACAAAAACUACAACAACAAAUUAGUUAACAAUGUCACCAUUUAUGGAAAGAACAUUACUUUUGGUUGCCUUCUUGGCAUGCCUGCAUGUUACAACGGCUCUUAUGUGCUAUGAUUGUAAUAGUGAAUAUGAUCGCCGUUGCGGUGAUCCAUUCGAUCCCUAUUCGAUAGGUGAGGUUAAUUGCAGCAAACAAGAACCCCGUGAACAUCUUAAGGAUAAGGUACCAGUUCUAUGCCGUAAAACUGUACAAAAGGUUUAUGGCAAAGUACGCAUUGUGCGCGGCUGCGGUUACAUACGCGAUAAUAACACAGAUGAUGGUACCUGUCUUAAGCGUUCCGGUACCCACGAUGUUCAGGCCAUCUAUUGUGCCUGCACCACAGAUUUGUGCAAUCAUGGCACAUCUACGCUGAGCAAUAACAACAACUAUUUGUUACAUCUAAUGCCCUAUACACUAGCUGCCCUAUUCAUAAUGUUUUCGUGUAAACGUAUCAAUAUUCAUUUGCAGCCAACUUCAUAAAUAUUAAUUUGCAAACACAGCAACAACAACAAAUUACUUAAUAAAUAAAAACA